UCAUUAUUGAAUUGAUAAGAUUUGAUUUUUGUUUUCUGGUUGUGAAACAAUUGUUUUUCAUUCAUUCCGAAUUUAACAUUCGACUUUGAUUCCAUUUUUUUCUGUUGUUUGAUAAAAAUCAAAUCGAAUCAAAAAUGUCAGCCGCAUCAUCAUCACGUCGACCAUUUUGUCCAAUUCAUAAUCCACGACCAUCAUCGGUCGUCAACAAACAAAGUAGCAUAAUGUCGUCGUCGAAAAGAUAUGAUGAUCAUUCGAAUUUGUCAUCAUCAUUAUCAUUACCAAUAUCAUCAUCGAUUCCAUCACCAAUAAUGUGGUCAUCAACAUCGACAUCACCAUCACCAAUAUCAUCACCGAAUUUAUCCCAACCAUUCAUUCAUCAUUUUCGUAUUUGUCCAAUGCGUGAACAUUUAAAUCUAAUGAUCAACAGUAGUAAUAGAAAAUUUGAUCGUAAUUGUCAAUCAUCACCAUCAUCGUUAAAUCGUUUGUUAAGUCAAUCUGCACUUUCAUUACGUUCAUGUCAUAUCACCCACGCUACCAUCAUCAGCAGAAAACAAAAUGUUAAUCCCUAUCAUUGAUUUUUGAAAGUAGCCAUUUGUGGUGGUGGUUGUUUCGAGGUUAUUUUCUGUGUUUUGAAAAAAAAUUUGUCCCUUUUUUUCUUCAUUGAAUAUCCAAUGUGUUCAAAUAUAUAUUGAAUCAAGGUUAAAGCGUUGAUUUUGUUAAAAGAUUUCC